AUGGAAGUUGCUGCUUCAGCUGCAGAACGCAGCCAGGCAACAUUGCCUAAUGGUACUGUACAGCUGGGCUCAGAACAGCGCAAAAUUGAGCUAUGCUGCGAAGUACAGCUAAAUACUGCUGCUCAAGCUGAACUGCAAGUCAUACAUGAAGCUGUAACAGCAUGGCUUGCUUCUUCAGGCCUGACAGUGGCACUGGGCCGCCAUGAUCCGCAGCUGUUAGAAAUUCCACUCCUGGAGAGGGCCUGUUCAUCCAUCCGUAUUGAGCAAGCCCUGCACAGAAGCAGCAUGAUGCAGGUGCAGCUACCGGGGGACACACGCCACAAACGGAGCUACACUGCAUUUAUGGGGAAGUGUAAAACCUCUCUUGAAAGCAACCCGGUGGUACUUCCGUACUGCCAAGUGCACAUGACAGUUCUCCCAUACGUCUUACACGUGGGGGCAGAGGAAGCGGGCAUGCCUGAGGCGGGCGACGAGGGAAGGGCUUAUGCAUUCAAUAAAUGGGUCCUUCCUAACAUAGAAUUUGAAAGCCUUUGGGAAAAUUUGCAUUUCGACGAAGCCAUAAAAGAAAUUCUCUUGGAAUACACCUCCGCAGCUUUGCUCUUUGCAGACAAAAAUGUGGAUCCAAAGCUCAUUACAUGGAAUCGUGUACUCUUGCUUCACGGGCCUCCAGGGAGCGGAAAGACGUCUUUGUGCAGAGCAUUGGCCCAAAAGCUUUCUAUCCGUCUCAGCCAGCGGUUUUCUUCUUCCUUAUUUCUUUCUAUCAAUUCUCCAGCGCUGUUCUCCCGCUGGUUUAGUGAGUCCGGAAAGAUGGUUGCGAAGGUCUUUAGUGAGAUCAGAGGCAUGUUGCAAAAUAAGGACUGCUUGGUGGUUGUUCUAAUAGACGAAGUGGAAUCCCUCUCAGCUUCUAGAGCUGCAGCAGCGUCAAAUGAGCCUUCGGAUUCUGUGCGCGUUGUCAACGCACUUCUCACGCAGAUAGACAUGUUCAGCCGUUUCCCCAACGCUCUGGUCCUGACGACUUCAAAUCUAGCAGGAAAUUGUGAUGCCGCAUUCAUCGAUAGAGCCGACUUGAAGCUGUACAUUCCCUCACCAAGUCCCCACUGCAGACGCAAAAUACUAUUGGACUGCACGAAGGAACUCGUAAGUCUUAAGUCCUCCGCACCCAAAUAA